AACUGAUCUCCACUCCACAACUCCCCAGUUCCAACCCCCCAAAUCCGGUAUCAAUCGCCACGGAAACCAAAAAGAGCAAACAAAAGAAUGUCAGACGCCGACGAUACCAGUCCGAUCCAAGAACCUCUUGACCUUGUCCGCUUAUCCCUUGACGAGCAGGUAUUCGUCAAACUACGCGGAGACCGGGAAUUGAGGGGGAGAUUACAUGUUUGAACUCCCACUGUUUCCGGUUGGAGUCAGGGUAUCAUAUAAAGUACUAAGUGGGAGGGCGGUGAUGGCUAGGCUUAUGACUCCCAUUGCAACCUUGUCCUUGGAGACGUUGAAGAGAUGAUAUAUGUUGUUGGCGAUGAUGAAGAGGAUGAUAGUGUUAAGGUUUGUUUGUUCGUGCUGGGUCAGGGAGGGUGUAAUGGGCGGUUUGGGAUGGGAGCUGAUGGAAGUGGGGUGGAUAGACAAUCAAAAAACAAUCGGAGAUGUUGUUUGUUCGAGGUUUGCUCUACAUUUUCUGAGGUAUGGAAGGGAGAGGAUAAGGCUGAUGGCUGGAAUUGGAUCACAGGGGAUUCGGUCGUUUUAAUAUCGCCUCAGGCGCAGUCAUAAUACCUUACUUUAAAGAGAUGCGAUGGGUGGAGCGAGCUACGGUUCGGGGAAAGAGGUUAGAGUGGAGAUCAUCGCAUGGGAGGCUGUUUUUUGCUAUGAGUUUUUCUGGGGUACCGGUAUCUAUAUGCUAGGCUUCAUAGCAGGGUAUUGUUUUUUUUUCUCUUUUUUCUUCUUCGAAGUUCCAGGUUUGAGAGCGAAAUAGACACUUUUUAGCUCUUGAUUACGAUGAAUGGAUAUAAUGUGGAUAAACCGUGACUCCCCAAGAUUGCCCGUUUUCCCCAGAAAACAAAGUGCCUCG